GCCUGUCAAACUCAAUUGCUAGGAUAAACUUAGCAUUUUUCUUGGCACUUGUCAGUCUACAUUGAUAAAGUGUCAACCGUGAUGGAAUGUGUUAACGCGUCUUCAUCUCGAGUCGGUUUCUGAUUACUCGAUAGUCAAUACUCUCUUGAUUCAUUCAAAAAGGAUACUCGUUCUUCUAAAACCUGUUUCCUUUCCACCUCCAUUAAACCCGAACCAAAUCAAGUCUAAUCAAAUCAUAUAAACCCUAGAAAUUUCCAUGGAUCACUAUAAGGUUCUAGGUCUAGAAAGAAACGCAAGUAAAACUGAAAUCAGAGAAGCAUUUAAGAAAUUAGCUCUACAAUACCAUCCAGAUAAACAUUCAAAUUCUUCCCAGACAGUAAUCGAUGAAUUUACUGACAAAUUUAGAGAAAUUUCUGAAGCAUAUGAGUUUCUCAUCACUGAUCAAGCAAUUUUUGAUAACUCAAAUGGAGAUGAUAGUGGUGAAACUUCAAUAAGAAGAGAACCUAAAUAUAGAGCUUCUGGGACUUUUGGUGAUGGAGUCUGGAACUAUGAGGGAGAUGUUGAUCCUGAGAGUAUCAAGAACUUCUUCUAUGGUGUUGCCUUUGCUGGUGUGCUUAUUGUGGGAUCAGUAGUUCUUAAAGCAGCUAAACGAAUGCUUGAUUAGAGAUUUCACAAUUCGGAGACAUCGUUCAAAGAAAUUGGAGUCGAAAAGAAACAUAACCCAGUAACAGUAGAAGACUUGUUGAUAUUCAAAAAAAUAACAUGUUAUAUCUUCACCUUUUGAAUUCAUUUCUUACUUUUGAAUUCAUUUCUUACUGACAGGAUUAGAUAACUGCUUUGUUUCUCAAAUUUUAUCGAUUAGGAAAAAGAAAAUGGUUUAAGUGCAGCACUUGAAAAACACAGGCCUGAUACCGUGAAGGAUUUAGGUGUUCAGUUUACAGGCAUGUAUGCCAGUUACUUUACUUCUGCCAGUUAAUAAUGUUGGGUCAGUAUGUUAGCAAUAUAUAUUCUGCUGUUUGGUUUGCGUAUCCCUAUUAUAUUACAGGGAAGGCCCAUUAUACUAAAAGCACGCAGUUAUUGAUUCA